AGUUGCUCAGUCGACUACCGGCUCGUUUGCCAAUUCGACUUCAUUUCAGUUCGAGUGUGACCGCGGUAGUGUUCACAUCGUGACCGUGAUCGUAGAGCCUACUCGGAGACAUACUUCUCUGCUCUGCUCCCGCGCGUGCAGUACUGUGUAUGUGUGUGUGCCUGUUGAUAACACCAUACACGCCAGCUUCAGGGGGCCCAAGAGAGCGGAAGCUUGAGCCCAGAUUGAAGAUAGUUGCUUAAUCAACCACCGACCAUAACAUAUUUUACAUAUUUCUAAUUUAAAAUAGCGAUAAAGCAGCGGAACUUGGAAUUUCGGAAUUCUCAUUUGCUGAAUAGUAACAGUUGCUUUUCGUCAUGCUAUUCUUAAUCUUUUUCGUGGGAUUUCUAUCGGCAACGAAAGUGGUCGCCGGCAAUUUCAGCUACGAUGGCAAUCAUGGUCCAUCAUCCUGGGGUGACGACUACAAAACGUGCUUAGGAAAAUUCCAGUCUCCCAUCGACAUAAGAGAAAAAGACGUUACAACCGUCAGUUUUACACAAUUGGAAUUUUCUAAUGUCAAUAAUUCCCAUACGGCUUACAUGACAAACAAUGGUCACACAGUGAUGAUCCAGAGUUUCGAUCCUAACGCACCCUUGAUAUCAGGAGGCCCCAUCAACGACACAUAUGUCUUUCAGCAGUUACACUUUCAUUGGGGCCAAAACGACAACUUGGGAUCCGAGGAUCUUAUUAACAAUCACUCGUUUUCCAUGGAGCUGCACGCUGUAUUCUGGAAGAAAGAUUAUGGAAGUUCAGAAGCGGCGUUGAAACAUGAUGAUGGGCUUACCGUGCUUGGAUACUUAUACCAGGCUACAGACAAGUCAAAUCCAGUCUUUGACUCGAUCACGUGGCAAAUACCAGAUAUAACGGGGGUUGGUAGCAACAUAACAAUAAACGACACCAGUGUUCUCAGUAAGCUGAUCGCACCUGAUCUUGCAUCAGCACAAAAUUAUUUUACAUACAGAGGAUCAUUGACCACACCUCCGUGCCUCGAGAUUGUUCAGUGGAUCGACUUCGUGCAGCCUCAAUACAUUUCCCACGAACAGCUGGCAGCGUUCCGCAUUAUUCAAUCCACUGAUGGCACAAAUUUAACGCAUAAUUUCCGUCCAGUACAACCAUUAGAUGGUAGAAUAGUUUAUCGUAAUAACGUAACCACAGAAUCAACUUCCGCGAGUUCCACGGUUAUGUCCGGAACAGUUAGUACAACAACAGUUUCUAAACAAACGACUUCUUCUACGGCAAAGGCUACUAAGGAAUCGGAAGCAACAACUAUUACAGUACCUGAACAAUCAAAUUCAGAAAAUUCUAUGGACAGUAAGAAAAAUAGCGAGCAUUCUGGACAACAAAGCAUAUGGACUGUGUCACCAUUUGUAGUGAUGCUUGGAAUCAUUUUUCUUUUACCACACCAAUAAUGUACCGGAUCGUCUAGUCAAUUACUUUGACUGUCAUGUAAUACAAAGUAAUCAGUAAACUAAACAAAAAAUAUGGAAGUUUACCAAAAAUACAAGUAUAUGUUUAUCUAACAGUUCCUAAUGCUGCCUCGAUGAUAGACAUAUACUUUAUUUAAUUUUAUAUACAAGAU